AUGCCUUCGUCCAAGACUCCUUUCCUCUUAACUGGUGUGACCGGCGGCCUUGGAGCCAAGAUCCUGGAGGACCUUCUCAACAAACACGCCGUGCCAGCUUCCUCCAUCAUCGCAACAUCUCGGUCAAGCUCCAACAAGAAAAGAUUUGAAUCCCAAGGGCUCCAAUUUCGUGUGGCAGACUUCAAGGAUGCCGCUUCAUUGAACGAUGCMUUCUCCCAAGUUGAGAAUCUCCUCUUCGUCUCCAGCUCAGAGCGUGAUACUACAACUCGCAAUGCCGAGCACCAAAAUGUCAUCAAUGCCGCCAAGGCAGCCGGUGUGGACAAGGUGUGGUAUGUGAGUCUCGCGUUGGGCGGUCUUGGGAAUGAGAGCAAGAUCGGGUUCCAGCAGGCUCAUUACGAGACGGAGAGGUUGCUUGCCGAAUCCGGGUUGGAUUUCAUCUCUAUCCGCGCCGGCUUAUACACCGAUGCAUUUCCUCUCUUCCUCAAUUGGUAUCCUUCAUCAAAAUCGGUGCCUCUUCCACGGCUCACUCCACCAGUAACGGCCAGUAAAGUUGCCUUCACCACUCGCAAUGAGCUGGCCGAAGGUAUUGCUACACUUCUUGCCAAAGGUUUGUCAGCCUUCCCGAGCAUCAAGCCUCAAACAAAGUACAACAUCGUACCCUUGACUGCAGGCUCGACUGCGUCUCUGAUUGACAUUGUCAACGCCAUCAACAAAGGCCGCGGAACAAACAUCCCAAUCGAGUACCUUUCACCGGAAGACUGGAUCACGGCCUCGGCUACGGAUGAUGUGGGCGGCAAGAGCAGAGCGUGGUUCGAGGCGCGGUUGAUCUUCAUGCAAGGCAUUGUAGAGGGCGAUGCCGCAUUGGUGGAUCCUUCAUUGGAGACCUUGCUGGGGAGAAAGCCAGAGACUGGGGAGCAUGCUGUUGAGAGGAUUCUGAGGGAGAAUCCGGAGUACACUUGGCACCAGAACCAUGUGAGGUAG